AUGGCGACGGCCACGGGUAUGGUGUUGGGUGUUGCGCAAACUCUAUUUGCAGCAUUACAAUGCAAGGAAUUGAAAGAGUUAUGCUCUAAAUUUAAGUAUGAUUCGCAACUUGAGACUCUCCGAGGCACCAUCGAAACCAUCCAGAAAGUCCUCCUUGAUGCGGAUUCCAGGCAUCUUGAGCUCAACAAUCAGGGGUUGGAGUGGGUUAACAAGCUCAAGGAUGCUGUCUAUGAAGCUGAUGAUUUGUUCGACAAGUUUGCCACGAUUGCUCAGCAACAGAAAAGGAUGCCUGGUGGUAAGAUUUCGAGAAAGGAGAUUAGAAAGAAGCUAGAUGCCGUUGCUAAUGAUCGUACUCAGUUUGGGUUUAGUGAUGUGUCUAGGCCAGUUAAGAGAAAAGAGGAAACUUGGUCUGAUGUCAAUGAAGAUAGUAUCAUUGGGAGAGACACUGAUAAGGAGGAAAUUAUGGGUAUGUUGUUGAGAGAAUCGGAUUCUUCGGUUGAUAAUGUUUCUUUUGUGAGUAUUGUCGGGAUGGGAGGACUAGGCAAAACUGCUCUUGCUCAACUUUUGUACAAUGACGUUAGAAUUAAUGACGAAUUUGAUUUGAAGUUGUGGGUUUGUGUCUCUGAUGAGUUUAUCUUGAAUGAAAUCCUUUGUAAGAUGUUGAAGUCGGCCACUGAGCAAGAUCAUGGUGAUAUAGGAGCUGAUGGGGUGCAGAAACAAGUGAGACGUCGUAUAGAAGGGAAAAAAAAUUUCCUUAUUCUAGACGAUUUGUGGAGCGAACAUCGUUAUCAAUGGCUCGACUUGAGAAAUUUCUUGCGAGGAGCUGCGAGAGGAAGCCGAGUUGUGGUGACUACACGCUCAAAAAGGGUGGCAGGAGCUAUAGGAGACUAUCCAAUGUUCACAUUAAGAGGUUUGUCAGAUGAUGAUUCUUGGCGUUUGUUUAAGAGAGUAGCAUUUAACCGAGGGAGUAGAGAGAUUGAUGAUGACCUUGUGGACCUUGGUAAAAACAUCGUUAAAAAAUGUGCAAAUGUUCCCUUGGCUAUAACGGUUGUGGGGAGCACGUUGCAUGGUCAAAAGAACAGAAACUUCUGGAAAUCAUUUCAGGGAAUUGAGUUGUCUAAAAUGGGCCAAGGUGAAAUGAGCAUAAUGCCAAUAUUGAAGUUUAGUUAUAAUUACCUUGAGCCACAGUUAAAGAGUUGUUUUAUAUAUUGUGCACUCUUCCCUAAGGAUUACGAGAUUGAGAAAGAGUUAUUGAUCCGUCUAUGGUCUGCACAAGGGUAUCUUGAACCUAUCAAUGAUAUGCAAACAACAGAAGAUGUUGGUGAGGAGUAUUUUUCAAAGUUAUUGCAGAGAUGUUUUCUCCAAUACUUUAGACACCAUGAUUUUAGACAUGGUGAAAUACAUUCUUGUAAAAUGCAUGAUUUGAUUCAUGAUCUUGCACAAGAAAUUGCAGGAAAGGAGUCGUACUUGAUGGAGGACACUAGCAAAAGCCCUUUUGAUAGAAAACCUCGUCAUCUCGCUAUUUCAGUUAGGCGCUCUCUGUUGCUUAGUCCAAGUGAUACUUGUAGCAAAUUGAGUGGAUUGCGUACGCUUCUCCGGCAUUCUUAUCGUUGGCUGGAAUGUGAAUCACAAGUGUCCACAAUAUUAGCAAACUGCGGGCGUUUGAGGGUGUUGGACUUGCACAAGCUUAGGAUAAAAGCUUUACCAAGUACAAUAAAGAACCUUUUGCAUUUAAGGUAUCUUGAUCUCUCUUACAAUAAGAAUUUGAAGACGCUUCCCGAGUCAAUUAGUAGACUCUAUAAUUUGCAAGUAUUGAACCUAAAACGUUGUUUUCUCCUAGAAAAGUUGCCUAAGGACUUGAGGGAACUAGUUAAUCUUAAGCAUUUGGACAUAACAAAUUGCUUCAGGUUGACUCAUAUGCCCAUUGGAAUGGAUAGUAUGACUGGUCUACAUACCCUUACAAGGUUUGUGUUGGGGCCAGAAAGUUCUAAGAAAGGCCAGAUGGGUCAACUUAGAGAUUUGAUACCUCUAAUUAACCUUAGAGGUACACUUGAAGUUAUUUUUGAAAAGGGAUACACAUACGAUUUUAUGGAUCCUGAGGAAGAAGCAUAUCUUGUAAACAAGGAACAUAUCAAGGCUUUGACGAUUGAAAAUAAUGGUAUAUGGCAUCACAAAAAAGCAGCAAUUGUAGAUGAAAGAUUGCUAGAAAGACUGGAACCCCACCGUGAUCUAAUAGAAAUGAACAUACUUGGAUAUAAAGGCGUGACAUUGCCAAGAUGGGCAGCCACACUGGCAACCUCUCUCCCACGACUUAUGAGAAUCUCCCUGCAGCAUUUUCACGAUUUGCAACAUCUGCCAGCAAUGACUCAACUCCAGCAUCUGAAAUCUCUUGAACUCAGAGACAUGCCCAAUGUAGAGCUGAUGGAGUCUGAUAAUAAUGUUGCACCUUCGUUUCCGUCACUUGAAGAACUGUCCCUUGUAGAAUGUCCAGGGUUGAAGUCUUUUCCCAGAUGUCCACGUGUGAAAACUUUUAGACUGUGGGGCCUGAAUGAAGCACUGACAUUUUGUGAGGCAAAUGCAACCACCCCUGCUGCCUCCUCAUUCUCUGCCUCGUCUUCAAGCGACAGCAACGACAGUAAUUCAGCUGGUGUUGAUGUUUUUGACUUGUGGCUUCUAGCAACAGACAAUUUAGGAUUAAUUAAGUCCCUUUUUGGGGAGUCUAUACGAAGCAAUGAUGAACUCAUAUUGUGUGAUAUGGAGGUGGAGAGUUUGUCGAGUGCUGAAGAAGAGUAUCAUCGGAAGUAUGCAUUUUCCAUUCGUAGUCUAUGGUUUUUACGUUGCCGAAACUUAAAGAGUCUGUCGGGAGGAGGAAUAGAGCAUCUCACCAACUUGAAACAACUUGAAAUUCGGGGAUGCCCUAACCUGGGACUGGAAGAAGAGGAAAGGUUUCCAUGGAAAGACCUUCACGCCCUCUCUUACUUGAGCUUAUGUGAACUUCCACAACUGAUAGAUCUACCAAAGGGCAUUCAAUACUUGACUUCCCUUCAAAGUAUCUUUAUUCAAGGUUGUGAGAAUAUGAAACCCCACCCGGAGUGGCUUCAUUGCCCCAAGUCUUUGCGGUCACUUUCUAUUACUUGUUCUCCGAAACUGGAAUCCCUGCCAGAAGCAAUCCUCCCCUCCCUCACAAUGCUUAAAAUAAGGUGGUGCAAUGGAUUGAAGAAAAGAUACGAUGAACCGAAUGGGACAGACUUUUCUAAAAUAAGCAACAUCCCCGAUUUACACCUUCAAUUUUGA